CCUCAGCUGCGAAACCUCAUCACGGACGUGUCGCAGCACAAGCUGCUGGUGUUCGCGGGGCCUUGCGUGGAGGAGACGGGGGAGCUGAUGCUGCAGACGGGCUGCUUCUCCCUGCGGGACUUCAUCCAGAUCUUCACGGACAAGGAGGUAGGGGAGAUCCUGAGCUCCGCGGACCCUUCGGCCAAGGCCAGGCUGACUGUCAGCUGCCCCGACUUUGGGGAGUGGAGGGACUCGGGCUUGGACCAUCACAACCUCCAGGACUUCAUCGAGCUGCGCUACAACCCGGGCUGCAUCCUGCCAGAGAUGGAGGGGCUGGAGGAGUUCAUGGAGUACCUCUCGGAGUCGCUGGAGCCCCAGUCCCCCUUUGACCUCCUCGAGCCCCCCACCAUGGUUGGCUUCCUCAAGCUCUCCAAGCCCUGCUGCUAUAUCUUCCCGGGUGGGAGAGGGGAUUCGGCUUUUUUUGCCGUCAACGGCUUCAACGUCCUGGUCAACGGAGGCUCCAACCCCAACUCAUCCUUCUGGAAGCUGGUCCGGCACCUGGACCGCAUUGACUCCAUCCUGGUGACGCACGCAGGCACAGACAGCCUGCCCGGCGUCAACAGCCUGCUCCAGAGGAAGCUGGCGGAGCUGGAGGAAGAUCCGUCCCAGAGCUCGCAGGGCAACGGGGACUGGGCGAAGAACCUCAUCUCCCCGGAGCUGGGCGUCGUCUUCCUCAACGCCUCCGAGAAGCUGAAGGACAUCGAGGGUAACUCCCGGGUGCUGAAGAGCUGCGACGAGGCCGCCCUGACCCUGCACUACCUGGACAAGCUGGGCAUCCGUCCCAACCCGCUGUCCCGGGACAGCGGACCUCGCACAGAGCCCACCGUCCUUUUCCAGAAGAUGGGAGUGGGCCGGCUGGACAUGUACGUCCUGAACCCCGUGAAGGGCACCAAGGAGCUGGAGUUUCUCCUGCAGCAAUGGUCAGGCAACAGCUACCCCAAGGAGCAGGACUUGCCCCUGCAGUGCCUGACCUCCGUCUGCGCCCUGCUCGUCUGGCACCCCGUCAGCCCCUCCGAGAAGAUCAUCCGGGUCCUCUUCCCUGGCUGCACGCCCCAGGGCCGCAUCCUGGAGGGGCUGGAGAAGGUGAAGCACCUGGAGUUCCUCAAGUAUCCCGUGGUCACCAAGAACGAUUUGAAGGGGCCGCCGGCAUCCCAACCUGAGAAGCUGCUCAAGCAGAGGAGGGCAGAGAGCAAGGAGAGCCUGAAGUCGGCUUCCAAGCUCAGCUUGGUGGAUACUGGGGCACCGGUGCCGAAGGAGAAGGCUCCGAAGGUGGAGAGGAAGGAGGUGAAGGCAGGGACCAAGGAGAAGCCAAAAUCCCUGGGGGAGACGGCCAGAGCGGGGUUGGAAGAGGAGAAAGCCAAGGAUGCUCGAGCCAAGCUGGACUCUUCGACGGAGAAGCUGAAGGCGGACGCAAAGCCAAAGCUGAGCAAGGAGAAGGCGGUGCCCAAGAAGGAGCCUGUCCCCCGGAAAGAGGAGAAGAAGCUGCCGAAGAAGGACGAGGGGGCUGAGGUGAAGGGGGAGGCCAAGAAGGAGGUGAAGGGGGCGAAGAAGGAGGUGAAGGCUGAGACGCUGCGGAAGGACGCGAAGGAGAACAAGGCAGAGGCCAAGGCUCCUGCCAAGACCCCGGCCCGGAAAACUCUGGUCCCGGAGACCCGCAAACCCCUGGCCAAGGCUGGCAGCAUCAAGAAACCCCCCCUCAAGAAGGAGCCGGAGAAGCCCAAGGCCAAAGCCCCCCGGGAGGCAGGCGGCAGGAAGGAGCCGGGGACGUCGGACGGCUCCAAGUCCUCCUCCCCCGCCGACAUGCUGCUGGAGGCCGAGCGGGGCCGGGGGGCCGCCUCACCGGGGGCUG